UUGAAACAAGAGGCGGUACGAUGAAAUUUGUAAGUAGAAAAAAUGAAGAAACUUUCGUUUGUUUUGAUUGCGUUAAUUUUGAUCACUAAUAUUUCAGAUGAAACCUGCAAUGCCUUAGAAAUUUCAUCGUGUAAACAUUUGAAUGACAUAUGUUAUGAUGACGAAGAUUGUUGUUCUCAAUAUUGUUCUAAAUCGUUUCAAUGGUGGUUUAUUGGUGCUUGUAAACAACAAUCUUCGGAAUAUGAUUUCGACUCAAACCCUAUAAAUCAAACAGGAAUCUGCGAAUUCCACAUGCAGACUGAUGAAAGUGACAUUGAUUAUCUGAAAAAUGAAUUUGACGCGAUAAAUGCAGCCCACAAUAGUUUACCACCAUAUACACUAAUCAAAGUGUCAUACGAAAAAAGGACGAUAGUUAUCACAAUAAACGAUCGCAUUCCAAGAACAAAUGGAACACUUUUAGACUUAUCCAAUGAAGCUGCUCUGAAGUUACAAAUUAAAAAUAAUGAAUUCGUGCAAUGUAAAAUCGAAAAAGUGAUACAUCAUAAUCCUAUUCUGAAAAUGAUUUUAUAUGCAAUACCUAUUGUGAGUUGCAUCAUUAUUCUGAUUAAUUUAUUUUAAUGUUUCUCAUAACGAAAWUUUAUUAAAAUUAGCAAACGAUUAGUUUCAUGUAUUAAUUUAUUAAAAAUGUAUUCUUAAUUUUUUUUAGUAAUUUACAGGUCAUUGAAUUCUUUUACAUGUUCUAUCAAAUUUUUCCAUCUAUUCAAUCCACUCUAUUAUUCAUUUUUAUUAAGUCGUCAAAAUCUGAAAUCAUUCCUUGCUGUAUCUAAUCAGUAAUCACAGAUGGYGAAGUCUUACCCUUUGACCUUAGUUAUUUUUUUCUUYGUGGGAGAGGGAAUGGGUUCUGAGUCAGUGCAUUUUGUAUAAGUCAUCGAUCUACCCACAAAACGUGACCAGCCCCAAUUAUAAUCGUUUUAAUUUUAGAAAAAUUCUGAUAAUUAUUAACUUGAUGUUUCUCAAUUUCUCAUAUUCCUCCUUYUGAUUUCACUCAGAUAAGUUAGGAUGGAAUGAAGACGUAUUAAAAGCUUAAAAUAGUCUAUAUAUUUUGAAAACGUCAGCGUGUCUAUAAAAUUAUUUACGCAAUUUCGAAAAGUCACAAAUCCCUGGGACUAAUAUUAUUUUGAAAUACAACUUGGUAUCUAU